AAAUUCUUCCAUGGUGAUUGGUGCACGAUCUAUCAUCUAUCAUAAAAUAUUAAUGGUGAAUUGAAAAUUAUUGAAAUACGACGAAAUUUUAUAUUUAUAUUUCGUGAUAGAUGUUGGAUUGUUUUCUUCCUAUAACAACUUUCAUUAUAUUGUUUAAAUAUGUCUGGAGGUCACAAGCAUCGUUACAAGAACGCAGGCCUCAGUGCUGACGAGCUGAGACGCCGGCGUGAGGAAGAAGGUGUACAGCUCCGGAAACAAAAGAGAGAGCAACAGCUCCUUAAGAGAAGGAAUGUGAAUAUACCUGCACCUAAUGCGCCAGAUGUGGCAUUGCAGGAUGACUUAAAUGUUUCGUCAUCUGAAGACAUAACUCCGCAGAUGGUAGCAGCUCUCUAUGGCGACAAUCCCCACGACCAAGUUAUAGCAACACAGACCUUUAGAAAGCUAUUAAGCCGAGAGCCUAAUCCUCCCAUAGAUGAAGUCAUAAGGACUGGAAUUGUUCCUAAAUUUGUUGAAUUUCUUGUUAAUAGUGCUAAUCCCACAUUACAGUUCGAAGCGGCGUGGGCUUUGACGAAUAUUGCGUCGGGGUCGUCAGAGCAAACGCGCGUGGUUGUGGAAUGUGGGGCAGUCCCUGUUUUAGUGGGGCUGGUCAGUUCUGGGGCUAGUGAUGACGUCAGAGAGCAAGCUCUGUGGGCACUUGGAAAUGUGGCCGGUGAUUCCCCGAGAUGUCGUGAUACGGUGCUCGCGGCUGGAUUGUUGCCACCCUUACUAGACAUUUUAAAUAAGUAUUCAAGACUAUCAAUGACAAAAAACGCAGUUUGGACACUGUCAAACUUAUGUAGAGGCAAGAAUCCUCCAACGAACUUCGAAGCAGUAGCCCCUGGUAUACCAGUGUUAGCGCGACUGUUACACCACACGGACGCAGAGGUGCUAAGCGACGCGUGUUGGGCGCUGUCAUAUCUCUCAGAUGGACCAAACGAAAAGAUCCAGGCCGUUAUUGAUGCUGGAGUAUGUAGGCGGCUUGUUGAAUUACUUAUGCACAACAAGUUUACGGUGGUAUCAGCUGCUCUUCGUGCUGUUGGUAACAUCGUGACGGGAAACGAUGCGCAGACGCAAGCGGUACUGAAUUGCACCCCAUUGGCGAGCCUACACGCGUUACUCAAGUCCAGCACUGAGACGCACAGAAAGGAGUCCUGCUGGGCCCUAUCUAACAUAACUGCGGGGAACGCGCAUCAGAUACAGGCGGUAAUAGACGCAAAUAUCUUCCCGACUCUAAUAGACAUUCUGAAGCUCGCCGAGUUCAAAACAAGGAAAGAAGCCGCGUGGGCCAUCACUAACGCCACCAGCGGGGGAACUCCUGCGCAGAUUAGUUUUCUAGUGGAACAAGGCUGUAUCUCCCCUCUCUGUGAUCUAUUAACCCUUACCGAUGCGAAGACGGUGCAAGUGGCCCUCAGUGGACUAGACAAUAUCCUCAAAGCUGGUCAACAAAUGGAUCUUCCCCAUAACCCCUACGCUGUCCUCAUUGAAGAAUGCUUUGGCUUAGACAAAAUAGAAUUUUUACAAUCGCACGAGAACCUCGAUAUCUACCAGAAGGCGUUUGAAAUGAUCGAGAAUUACUUUGGCACUGAGAAUGAGGACAGCCGGCUCGCUCCCGAGGUGUCUUCGACGACAGACCAGUUCAAUUUCACCGCGGACCAAGCGGUACCGAUGGGCGGAUACCAGUUUUAAACGCUUAUAUUGUGCAGUAUGUAUUUUAGAUCUAACAAGGGAAGGGUGUGCUUUCGCGAGUUGUCUACACCAGAGUGUAUCAUAAUAUAUCUAUAUUAUUUCGCACCGAUUACGCAUAUAUGGUAAAUUGUGUUCAUUGAUUUCUCUGAUUUUAGUAAUCGCUUAUAUCAUCAUUUUGCAACUGUAGAUAUCAGUAUAUCUAGUACAAUUAUUUUAUUGUAAAAAUUGUAUAUUUUAGUUGGCAGUAAUUGCAUUAUUUUUACUAAUCUUCAACAUAUGUGAUAAAAAUAUAUAUUUGUUAAACAAUUGGAUCCAAUGUACUAUUUUUUCCUUGCUUUGUUUAAUAACGUAUUAUUAAUUGGAAACGAAAACGACUGUCACGUGCCGCAAUCAUAUUAUCCAAUAAAAUACGUGCAGUUAUUAA